AUGAUCCCAAACCAGCUGAGGGUGAGCUCUCCAGUGUCCAGGCAGGAAGAAGAGAUGAUGGAUGACAACACUGCCUCUGAGCAGGACAGAGACUGUGCCACUCCAGGGCACAGCCUGGGGCUGAAGACAGAGCCCUGUUUCCAGACUGACCCUCUCUUGCCUUCCCCCAGCACAUCCCUGAUAUCACAGCUCCUCAGACACCCAGUGGUUGUCAGGAGCCUGGAUCCAUGCAUUGUUUUCCCUUCCUCCCAGGCAGUGGCCCUGCCUCAGGACUAUGAGUGUGGUGCAUUUCCUAGAGAAGGAGCUCAAGCCCUGGCUUUCCCCAGGACCUGUGCCCCAGCUUCUGUGCCCUGUGCUGGUGACAGGGACCAGCUCUCUGACCAGCACCUACAAGACCAGAUCUCUGACCAGCACCUACGAGCCAAACGGGCCAGGGUGGAGAGCAUCAUCCAAGGUAUGAGUCUCCCACCAACCCCCCUGGCAUUUGACACCGGCCUGGAAGCAGCUUUUGGGCACAGGAGGGAGAGGGCUGGUGAGAUGCCCCGGGAGAGCAAGAGGAAGCCAAGGGUGCCCCAGCAGGGAGCAGGGGCAGCCAAGCAAGUGGCUCCCAUGAGGGGCAGCGCCCAUGAUGAGGGUUGCCAGCAGCUGAAGGAGCAGCUUUGUUUUUUAGAGCAGCAGUUGAGGAGGCUUCAGGAGAAGUUCUCUCAGGUCUGUGACUCUGGGGAUGCUGCCCAAACCCUGGAAGGUGCCCAGAAAGCGCAUCCAGUGCCUGGGAAGCCUGGAGACAGACUGGACAAGGACAGUGCUGCUGCUAUGAAUGACCCAUGCCGAGUGCCUCUCUGGAGGAGCAUCGCAGGGGUGCACGGGCAGGAGGAUGACGAGGGCAGAGACGGCACAGGUGGCUUGCCUUCAUCUGUGAGGGUCCUCUCACAGGCGCUGAAGCAUGAGCUGGCCAGGGUGACAUCCCGGGUGGUGGACUCUGUUCUGAAGACCAUGUGGCCAAAGGCAGCCGGCCCCCUCCUGCAGCAGCACCGCAGCCUCCUGGUGCCGGGGCCAGGUGCCAGGAGAGAGUAUUUUGCUGCUGGGAAAUGCAGAAAGCCACUUGCUAAGUCAUCCCCCAUGAAUGGGCUGGGCUUGCUGGGCUCACCCCAGGCUGAGGCCCUGUCAGGGGCUUCAGGGAAGAGCCCGGGCUCUCAUGCUGGCUCCUUCAGUUCAAAGGGGGUCAGAAAACCCUGUCAGGUACCCAGCAUGGGUUACCCGCUGGGCUCAGCUCUCCCCAUCCAGGACAACCAGCUGCUGAGCCAGCUGCUGGGCUGUGGCCAGCACAUUGUGAGACAGCAGCAGCAGCAGCAGCGUCCCCUGCCCCUGAGCCCAGCUGACAUGGAGGGCCUGGCACUGCUGCCGGCUGGCAGGGAUGGCUGUGGGGAGCUGCAGGCUGCGAUGGACGGGGUGCCCUUUGCCUCCACCCAUAUAUCCUUUGGGGGCAGCUGGAGAGGUCCCUGGGCUCGGCUGGAGCUAGAGAGGCAGAUCCAGGAGGCGUUGACCCCCAGCCACCUGAAGAAGGCCAAGCUGAUGUUUUUCUUCACGCGCUACCCCAGCUCCACUCUGCUGAAAACCUACUUCCUCGACGUGCAGUUCAGCCGCUGCAUCACCUCCCAGCUCAUCAAGUGGUUCAGCAACUUCCGCGAGUUUUACUACAUCCAGGUGGAGAAGUUUGACCGGCAGGCCCUGCUGGAGGGCGUCGUGGAUGCUGGAGCCCUCCGGGUCUCCCGGGACUCAGAGCUCUUCCGUGCCCUCAACAUGCACUAUAACAAGGGAAACGACUUCGAGGUGCCAGGGCGGUUCCUGGAGGUGGCCAGCCUGACGCUGCGGGAGUUCUUCAGUGCCGUCCGGGCGGGCAAGGAUGCCGACCCCUCCUGGAAGAAACCCAUUUACAAAAUCAUUUCCAAACUGGACAGUGACAUCCCAGAAGGGUUCAAAGCUGCCAGCUGCUCCCAGGAACUGCUCCGCAGCUGA